AUGAGGAGUAGCAGCAAAAGGUUCUCUUCCAAGGUGCGGGAAUACUUGACAAUGAAGUUCAAGAUAGGGCAAGAAACAGGAAGGAAACAAGACCCAGCAGAGGUUGCAAAAGACAUGCGAGCAGCUUCAACAGUGGACGCAGAGCUGAGUGAAUGUUUCACAGAACGGAAUGGCGCUCACGAAGUCUGUAUACAAAGUUUUGUUUCUAGAUUAUCUCGAAAAACCAAAGAGGACCAAGUUGUAAUGACGGAAGAUGUUGAAAAUGGGUCUGAGGAUGAUUAUCUAGAGGAAUACGCGUGUCAUGAAGAUGAAAGCUGUAUAGCUGUAUGGCCAAAAUAG